AGGUGCACAUUUGGCGAAGACCGCGUAGGUGAUUGUUGUCCUCCCCUUUUUUUUGUUGCAUGAAAGCGACGAUUUGCCGAACGCACACGUUUCAAGCGUAAGAUACUGUCGGCCACGUUUUUCUCGCUGGACGCCCAACUAUUCCUCUCUCUGUUCCUUCCCUCCGAAUCGUUCAAGAGCUCAUCAAAAGAAGGACAGAAGAUUCAACCGAGCACUGAGCUCUGUCUCUUUCUCUCUCUCUGUCUCUCCGUGGCGGUCAUGUUUUGCGAGACAUGCGAUUAGAAUGGGUAAAGCAGCAGCUGCGGCGACGCGGUACCGCGGCCGCAUCUCGAGUCACCUCUCACGGUCGUAAAGUCCCCACUGCAUCUCACACGUGCGGCGCCUACGUUAUCGCGGAGACAAUGGAGCCGCUUGGGUGCUCGUGUGUGCUGGUCACGCAGCGUGACAUGCGCGAGGCGAAAUCUUCUUUUAAUGAGAAUACAAGUACGGAAAAAGCGACAAAAGCACCGCAGCAGUCGUCACCUUCACACACGCGUCACCGCGUCACACUGACUGGCAUUACCCCCGGCACCGUCUUACGCACGCGCGCCUCCGUGGCAGCGUGGGUGCGCACCGCACACCAACUUCCUUCGCCGGAGCAGUACACGAUAGUGAUGCGCGAUGGCCAACGCGUGCCCGCAGCAGCCAGCUUUGGUCACUCUGUGUCGCUACCUGUGUUACCUUGUCGACGUGCCAGUGCUCUGACGUGUGCGCAGUGCCCGUGGAUGGCGCUGCAGGAGCGACAGCAGUCCAAAAGCGCAAAGCAGCGAGCGUGGCGGACGUCGCUGACGGGUGCGGUGCGGAACUGCUGGUCGGCUGCCCUGUCCAGUGCCACCGAGGAGCCUGCGAAGGAGGGCGACGACCGUAAAGAUGGCAGGACUCCGCACGUCUCACCGCACAUCUACACCCAAAUGAUGAGCUGCAUUUCUUUCUUGGCGCCGUUGGCAACUCCAGUACCGUCGAAUCGUCUUCAAGCCCUGCAGCUUCAGUUCUGCCGACGGCUGCAACAGGGAGGUACCGGCACCGCGAUAGCCGCGGCCACUGAGCUGUCUCGACGCGACAUCCAUCUCUGUACGAUUCACGAUCGCGCUGUGAUUCAUCUACUCCGCGAAGGAGCGAUAACAAGUAACGAAAGUGGCUCCGCUGCGAUGGACGGUGCUGCUGAUCGUCGAAGCGAUUGCCUGCUGGAGACGCUCGAGCAGAAGCGGCUUGUUUCAUUUCUUCAGCGCUGGGCAGCGAAACUGCCCACAUCGAUGCAAGACCGACUGCACGGCGUUUUUAUUUCCCAGCCAAACACCACCACAACUCUUUCAGCGGCAACAGCGUCCUCAUCGCUGCAUGUGGUGUUGGUGGUAGAGCGCGAUUUGAGUGUGCUGGGCAUGCAGAGCCCGUUGUGUGGUUCCGCCCAUCCUGCCGAUCUCCUCUCCGCGGAGGAGCAGCAGCUGGUGGGUGUCGUCACUUCGGCAGCACCGCUUUUGGCUGACGUCGAAGUCCUCGUUUGCAUCCUAGGAGAAAGUUCACUUGUGCACUCACCGACAGGGGCACCAGAAGCGUGUGUGCAUGUGCUGUAUCCCACGUUGAAUCGCGCCGGUUCCAUCGAGCAGCUGCAACACGGCAACUGCGGGGGAUCAUCGACUGUUAAGGAGCCCGACUCGUGCACCAAGAUCACGCAGUUGCGGGACGCCUCGUCGGCGCUCCACGUUCGAUGCUGGUGCGAGCCGCUCGAGAAAGAGUUGCAGGCACGUCUCUCGCCAUACCACGCCGCCUUUUCUGCCGUGCCACAUACCUGGCUGACGCUCGGGGAUGGAAAAGAGGCGGAGAACCCCGCACGUGCGCAGCCGCCGCCGUUGCGUCAUUCACCCAACGCACUUCCGUGGGUGCCCACUUUCUGGCGCCACCCAGCCGCCCUGGAUAUGUGCUGCUCAGCGUUGAUGUCGCUGCUUCUGGAAGAGAUGGAGGACAGGGUGUGCUUGAGUCCCACCGCGACCAAAGAUUCUCUGCGCACACCGAAGGUAAUUGAGGUGCAGACGCCGCUCAGCAUCGAAAUACGUCCGGUGCACAGCUCUUUAACAGCAGGUGCGAGUGCGGAGGAUAUUGGCGCGUUUGCCGGUCAACGGAUCCUUGAUGCAGCUCUUCAGUCCUUGUCUUGCGAAGCGACUGUAUUUUCAAGUUUAACGGAGCCACGCCGGGCAAGUGAAAACAUGCAGGAGAAUCAUGCGCUUCGCACCGUUCCGCAACACGUGCUCGUCUCGGUAAGCGACAGCAGCAGUGACGCAACGGGAACGGCUGACGUGGAGGCGGCUUUGACGGCAUCUCUCACGAUGCCAGUGCGUUUGUGCCUCUACUCGUGCACCGCCAACAUGAAGACGGAGAAGCUGAGUGCGCGUGUCGCAUCGAUUGUGCAGAUGGCAGUCUCUUGUCGCACGGUGGUUCGAGUACGUGCAGGUAUAAUUGACGUCGAUCCGCUCUCUUCGUCGUACGUCGCCUUUGCGCAGGUGGAUUUGACGUUGGGUACAAUUCAGCGGUGA